AGGUGGAGGUUUAGAGUGGUUCAGUUGUAGCGGCACCGUGGCUGAGAUCGGACGUUCGUGUCCAUUUUCCUGGACUCGGUGUGACUCUCGCACGCAUUAAUUGUUCGUUCCGUUUGUUUUGUUUCGUCUCGUGGAGAUUCGCGCGUCCCGUCUCGCGUGUCGUUCUCUCGUUCACCGUUACCGUUACCGUUAUCGUUAUCGUUACCGUCACCGUCACCGUCACCGCAGCUGCCGCCGUCGCUGUCGCCGCCGCUGUCGUUGGCGUCUGACCAGGCGCUCGGCUCCUCCACUGCUCGCGCGCGCGAUUCACGCGGCAUCCGUCAUCAUCGUCUUUUCCACCGUCUUUUCACCGCGAGCCGGAUACUGCUGACUAAGCUACGAUUUAUCUCAGCGAACAAUACCGAUUACAUAAAAAGACUGACAAUGACUCGAUAUUAUGUCGCGAUGGCAUUGUUCGACGGCUUCUUCGUCGCUGGCUGAAUCUGGAUUUAUGUACAUAAGAUAUUGCAUAUCGUAAUCUCUGUAAAAAGAAACAAGAAAAAUCCACUAUUUCACGCUUGUUGACGCGUGACGAGUGAAAUUGCGUACAUUGCGUACUCAUUUUCGAGUCUCGACAAGAGAAAAAGAAUCCUAGCUCCAGUGCAAUUGCGAGUUCAAUGAACUAAGGGCUGCACGGGCGGGAAGUUUGGAAGUCACGCAGGAAGGAAGCGAGGGAGCGAGGGAGCGAGCGAGCGAACGCGAUCCUCGAGUCCGAGUGUCGAGUGUAGUUAUGAACAAGUUUCUCUCGGAUUUGAUCGCGUGGAACGCGAUCGCAAACGGGGGAUAUAGAGAUAUAGAGCCUGUGCAGUCUGCGCAAUUUGUGCACGAUGGUAGUAGCUGUCGUGCAUUUUCGAAUCGUAUCCCGUGAAAAGUCGUGCGUGCCGCCGCCAGCCGCCACCGCCGCUCAGCAGCAUGGCAUGUCGGAAGCGAGACGGCAUGGGCGCGCCGCCGCCGCCGCCGCCGCCGCCGCCGCCGCCAUCGCCGGUGCACCGGUACGGGUAACCAACCUGCGACGUUAACGUUAUGGUAACGUGAAUCGAUCGCCUGAUUUUCGUUCUCCCUCCAUACCAUCUGUCAGGGCAAGAACUCGCGAGCGGCCAGACGUGCGUGCACGUCACGAGUGUAUGCCGGUGAUUCUGCCGCGCCGCCGCCGCCGCCGCUGUCGCCGCCACUCGCAAGCACAUUCGACGCGACGACGCUACGCGAGAUACUCUAGAUACGCUAGAUUCGAGAUUCCGUUUUUGCCAAUUUUCUACACUGUACAACAUUUUCUACUCAUGUAGUAAUUACACAUUUUUUUCGAAAAUCUUUUUCCACUUUCCAAAAAAAAAAUCAUACGCGACGAGCUGCGCGAAGAGCAGCACGUGGCCGCAGAGACGUUGACCGAGCUGUGAAUUACGAAGAUAGUGUCUAUACUGUUCUAUAAAAUUUCCGCCUGGCAAUUAUGUGCUGUCGAUUGCGACAGAAAAACAUUAUAAUUAGAGAAUACGUUCUCCGAUCGAGAAUCGAGACUGCCAAGAUUGUGAAAAAUGAUUGUUUCUACUUUGUACGACGAUCACGUCGCUCGGGAUUCGUCGAUCGGAACUGAAAUGCAAAUUGCCGUUUGAUUACGAAAAGUUUUAUUGCAGACGGACGGACAGAAGGAAAGAAAAAAAAAUAGGAUUAUGUGCUUAUACGCGAAAGGAAUUGGAGAGUAAACAAAGAAGGUAAAAGAUUAUCCGUGUAAACCGUCCUUAAAGAUGUUAGAUGUUAGGUAAUUUGUGAAUCGCAAAGGCAGAUAAGGAUAAAUGUAUUCCUUUUACAUGAUAAGAAUCUUGAUGCGCCUUUAUGAAAAGAUAGAACUAAACUUUUGUCUCUCGCUUCGUUGAAAAUUAAAUUGCUGUGCCAUAUCGUUCACAUUUUGAGCGCGCCUCGAUAAAUCUGAUUCUCACACAAAGGAAGCUGACAUAACUGACUGAUUACCUAUACAAAGAAGGUGAACGGGAACUCGAAUCGUUAACAUCUCUACUUUUCGAUGGUUUAUCACGCAAAGAGUCCAAGAUCUCUCGUGGCGAACCGCAGCGCUCGAUGCGCUGCACGCACACGCGCGAUAUACGUGUAAGAGAUAAACGGGACCCUGCGUUCUAUGUAAACGUAUAUAUUUUAACUAAACUGUUAAAACAUUACGUAAACUUUGCGUGGGUUGAUUACACCAAUAUCGCGCAUCGUUUUCAUCACGGCAGUGUAAUCAAAUUGAGGAAAUAUAUUGACCGAUAACGCCGAUAAGAGAGAGAGAGCAAGCGAGAUUUAAGUUAAUUAAGUGUGAUAGUUGCGAAAAUGGAGUCUCAUAAGUUUCUAUACUUGAAGACGAGAGGAUCGACAAAGAUGUGAGAAAAUAAGACUGAGUAACCAAGAUUGACGACAAUGUCUAGACCAGGCAAAGAUCCUGUACAAAAGUGCCACUCAGAUCCGGGUGCAGCUGGCUCUUCGUGUAGCCCGAGCAAGAGAAUUUCACGGAGACAAGUGCCGUGUAUUCCGUCCUCGCCAAAUACACGCAAAUGCGUCUUAACCUUGGACGGAUACAGUUACGUGAUCGUUGCAUCUCCGCCAGACAGACGAGUCACGAGAGACGAUAUCGGAGUAGCCUCGGGCGGUGUAGCGGUGAACAACGCGGCUGCUACCGGUUGUAGCAGUAGCAGCAGCAGCACGAGCGGCGGCGCAGCAUCCUCGAGGUCGCGCAAUCCUUCCUCCUCUUCUCCCGGUCGGAAUGGCCAACUCUCCAAAGGCACUUUGACGAUAGUACGUCGAAGUUCAGGCAAAAACAAAGGUGUCAGCGGUGGAAAUUUCGAAAGUUCUCCACCACCGCACAAUCCCGAUACUUCGUACUUGGCGAGUCAAUCUGUCGAUCUCGAAGAAAUCCUCGAUAAUGUUGAUCUUACGACGGAUUCGCUUCCUGCCGUUGAUACCCCUGACGCGUGCGACAAAGCUGCUCUGAGAUUGAGGUGUUUAUUGAGGCAGCUACAACACGGGGAGAUAUCUGCCGACUUACUCCAACGAAACUUGCACUAUGCAGCUCGCGUACUCGAGGCUGUUUUCAUCGACGAGACCAAGGUGAGUUCAGGCGGGAAUGAGUGCGCUCGGUCAUCACGUAGGGGGGCGGGCCUGACGUCUUCAUCCCUAGGGGGCGGCUUGGACCCAGACGGACCACAGGGCCACGCGGUGGUAACCCAGAAACGGAAGCUUCGCACCCCCGUAUGGGCAAGAGAUGCUGAGCGUGUGGAAUCAACUGCCACGUGUCGUCCGGGUGUACACCGUAGACGAUUGGCAGAUGAAGAUGACGAGCUGUCGGAGGUGCAGCCAGAUGCGGUACCACCGGAAGUGCGCGAGUGGUUGGCAUCGACUUUCACUAGGCAGCUCGCCACUACUAGGCGGAAAGCCGAUGAGAAACCGAAAUUCCGUUCGGUCGCCCACGCCAUCAGGGCGGGCAUAUUUGUCGAUCGGAUCUAUAGGAGGGUCACGAAUACCGCCCUCAUGCAAUUUCCGCCGGAAGUCGUGAAAGUACUCAAGACUUUAGACGAUUGGUCGUUUGAUGUAUUUUCCUUGAAUGAGGCCGCUCUGGGUACACCAGUGAAAUACCUGGGUUAUGACCUCCUCAAUCGAUAUGGUAUGAUUCACAAGUUUAAAGUACCUCCCGUAGUUUUGGAAUGUUUCCUCGGAAGAGUCGAGGAGGGUUAUUGCAGGCAUCGAAACCCAUACCAUAACAAUCUCCACGCUGCUGAUGUUGCGCAAACGAUGCAUUACAUCUUGUGUCAAACGGGUUUAAUGAAUUGGCUGACCGAUCUCGAAAUUUUCGCCACUCUCGUGGCAGCGCUUAUUCAUGAUUACGAGCAUACUGGGACCACAAACAAUUUCCACGUAAUGUCCGGUAGUGACACAGCGCUCCUAUAUAACGACCGAGCUGUGCUAGAAAAUCAUCACAUCUCGGCCAGCUUUCGGAUACUCAGAGAAGAUGAUUGUAACAUACUACAGAAUUUGUCGAGAGAGGAAUUUCGAGAAUUUCGAUCACUUGUAAUUGACAUGGUUCUUGCCACUGACAUGAGUUUUCAUUUUCAACAACUGAAAAAUAUGAAAAACUUAAUAAGUUUGGCGGAACCAAGCGUUGAUAAGAGCAAAGCCGUUAGCUUGGUUCUUCAUUGUUGCGAUAUUUCGCAUCCUGCCAAAAGAUGGGAUCUUCAUCAUAGAUGGACGAUGCAACUUCUAGAAGAGUUUUUCAGACAAGGUGAUAAAGAGAGAGAGCUUGGAUUGCCUUUUUCUCCUCUAUGCGACCGCAAUAAUACGUUAGUAGCUGAAUCUCAAAUAGGAUUCAUAGAAUUCAUUGUCGAGCCUAGCAUGCAAGUAUGCAGUGACAUGCUGGAAACCGUUCUCGCGCCGCUCAAUGUCAAGGAUACUGCGGACGAACCCAGCAAUGGUUCAGGAGGAGAAAAUAAAAGGUGCAAAAUUGGAAAACCUUGGAUCUCGUGUCUUGCAGAGAAUAAGAAAAGUUGGAAAGAACAAGCAGUCCGAGAUGCAGAAGCUAAAGCACAAAAGGAACAAGAACAAAAAGUCAGUGGGGACGGUGGAGGAGCGCAAGUUCCAGCCGAAAAGUGAAGAAUACACCGAACGAUUAUAUUUUUUAAGAAUCUCUGUAACUUUAGGUUACGGGGAAGUUUAUGAUCGCAUUGGAUGGCAUCUAUGAUAAGUUUAUGGACUUCUUAUUACGCUUACGAAUGAUAGCUAAGCGUCAUUCGGUAGUACAAAUAGACAUACGGAUAUUAGAUGUGAAUGGAAAUAACGAUCUAAGCACAAAAUAUGUUGGAGAAUAAUUUGUUUAGACACCUUUGAUCGACACCAAAGAUCCAAAUCAUGUAUUUGUUCUAUUAUUUUUAUAGAAUAUUCAUAGAAUACAUCUCAACUAAUUUAUUUUUUAUUGUUCCAUGAUUAUACUUUUUGUAUUGUUUCGUAAGUAUUCGAUUUCAUACAGCACCCCUUGAGAUAAUCACCGUCGAUGUCGCAUUAGAUUAGGUAUAUGUUUUUUCUAAUUAAUUUCGAAAGCUUCUUGAGGUUUGUUUUUGUAAAAGUUUCUCAUUUUUUAAGUAAAAUAUUUUUUUAAUCGACGAUUUAACAUCUUGAAAUUCCUCCAAAUUAUAUAACUUAAUACAUGAUAGAAGAAUUGAUAAAAAAAAUAACGUAAAUUACGAAUUAUAUAUUACGAUUAUUUCACACAAGUAGAAUGUAAAUCAUUCAUAUCUUUUUACUAUUUUUAAUUAAACAGAGCAAGAAUUGACAUAACGGUUAGAUAAAAUCACUAGUAUAUUAUAGCGGAAGACACAGUAAAAAGUACAAAAAAAGAAGAUAUCCUCAAAGGAAAAAAUUAAUUCAUAUAUUUCCUAAAGAGCAAAAUAAAUUUAAACUAUAUUAAGUUAAAUGAGAAUUUAAAUAAUCAAUUCAAUUUUGCCGUCAAAACUUAAAGAAAAUCUAAUGAUGCAUCAAAGUUGCAUCAACACAAAAUGUUUUGGUUAUAUGUAUACAUGAUAUAUAAUUACAAUUGUAAUUCAUAAUGGCUAUUUUCUUUUAUUUUUUUAUAUUUUUGAACUAAUAUUAUAAUUAUCGACGGUGAUUACACAAGAUUUUUAUUUCUUGAAUAAGAGAGAUUUUUUUACUAAUUACUUAUAUAUCUAAUUUCCGCACAAGAAUAUAAAUAUUGCACAAAAUAUUGAAAUUUCUUUGUAAUUCUAUUUAUUUAUUUAUUUUUACUGUAUAGAGUAUAUACAUAUAUAAAAUAGAGAAAAGAUAUUUUCUUUCUGAAUAAAACGGGGGCCUGAGGUUUGCCUUUUCAAUGCGAUCUUUGCAAGCUUAGAAUGCAAAACGUUAUUUGUGACAGAGACCAUUUGGAAACUUGGGAACAUUGCUCCCUCUCGUUCACAUGUUUAUUAGUCGCGGCAAAAAGAUCUAUAGAAGCAAAAUAUUCUUGUACAUACCGUUUGUUAGAUGUGUACUCGUAUACACGUACUGGUUCAGCUUUAAUAUGUGUGUAUGUAAUGUAUAAAGAAAAACAAAUAACAAGAUACGGCUAGUGUUUAAUCGACAUAGGCGUACUACAUAUUUCGUGUAUAUGUACAUAUAUAUGUAUAUAUGUAUAUGUAUAUAUACAAAAAAAAAGAGAAAGAAAACAUUAUUUUGUUGAACUCCUUGCGAUAUCGCAGAUGUAGAAUGUACAUGUUAGCACAUGUAGCGACGCACACGUCCGUAUUUAAGUUUGUAAUAAAACAUAUCCAUGAACGAAUGCGCAUUAGAAAAUGCAUACAUUCUUGAUACAAAGACGGACAAUUGCCAUUGUAUCAAUGCAUCAUUAUCAUCCUGUGUCAUACGCGUAAAGGAAUCGGAGAGACUUCGGUGAAAUAAAAGAUUUACUAUUCUUUCUUUCUUUCUUAUCAUGUAGAGAAAGUGUUGCCGUUAUUGCAAACAUUUUACUUUAUUAUUUAGAUGACUAUAAAUGUAUAAUUUUUAAGCAUUCGCGUGUUACAUACUUAGUAAUUGUUACUUAAUAUAUUGCGCUAUGUUAAUUAAAUCAUGAGAAGAAAUUUGUGUAAUUUAAUUAACUUUCGCAGAAUCAGCCUCUUUUCAUUUAUUUUGCGAUAGAAAGAUGCUUAAUUUCUUUUUAUUCGUUUAUUAAAAUAACAAAUGAUAAAUGAAAGUAUCUACCGAAAUUGAAUCCGAUUCUGUACACGUGGCAAUAAUUUGAGGUAAGAUUAUGGAGAAACCGUUCAUAUAUGUAUACAUAUAUGUAUAUCUGUAAGCACAUGUAUACGUAUAUGUAUAGCAUAAAAUAGGACACAUACAGAGAUAACAGAUUUUUCGAGUGGAACGUUUUAUCGUUACAAAGAUAUUAUAUACAUACAUAUAUCGAUAUAUAGAUGUAUAGAAUAAUCUCACUAUUUCGAGAUUGAACAUAUCCGUCCUGUAUUUAUUUAAUUUCCCUCAUUCAUGAAUUCUCAACACUGCUAUGGAACAAAUGUUUCGUGUUAUUAAUACAAUAUAAUAGAUAACGCUUAUCUUCUUCUUCGUCAUCAUCUUGUAAUGUAGCCUGACCAAAUCGACAAAAUCAAAAACUUAGCAUUGAAGUCUCGGAAAAGAUCCGAGCAAACUCCAAAAAUUAAUUGCUACGCUCACACUAUUCACGCAAUCAAAUCUUAUUUUACAUUUAAUUUCUCUUUUCAUAUUUUUGGUUAUUGUUCAGAUAUUCUGUUUUUAAUCAAAAUUUGGAAAUUUUUUACGCAAAAUUUUAUUUAACUCAAAGUGUUUGCCUUAUUUUUAAUUUUAAGAAUAUGAAUAAUAUAUAUCAUGUAUUAUUGUAAAGUUAUAAAAUUAGUUUACGUUUCAUAAGAAUCAAACUUUAAUCUAUGGCUGUGCGCCGGUCGUGUAUGAUUGAAUUUUUUUUUUCCUACAGCAGAGAGGGGCCAAAACGCAUGAUAGAAUUAAAGUACAUUGAAAUCACGAUUGCAUUAAGAGAAUUAUUGACCAGUCACGUAAAUAAAAAAAAAUUAAUUGGUUAUAGCGUAAAGACAUUAUUUGAAUUCGCAUGGCGCGGCCGGCCCGUUGCUCUCAGUAAAUGAAUGACGAAAUGCGUUGCUGGACUUAAAAACUCUAAAAACUGUAGACUAAACGUAAAUCUACUCUGCGUUAGAAACACAUGUUUAUAUUCACGUGGCUCGGUCGUUUCAUUGUCUAGAGCUCUCUUUAAAUUGAUACUGGCCUUUCCUUAUACGAUAUGCGCAAUAAUAUGCGAAUUGCGGGAUAAUCACAAGAAAGAAGAGAGCGAGAGAAAAAGAAAGAGAAAUAGAAAAAAAUAAAUAAAGCGACACUGACGGUGUCGCAAGCACAUUAUUACGCUUGACUACAAAGCACCUCCCAAAUAUGUUUAAUAUAAGCAAAUGAUUAGUUAGUAUCAGGUAGUUUGAUGAGACAAGCGAGAAAAUUUGAUGAUAUCAUUCAAAAUGAGUAAGGCGUUUUAAGAAUACUCGAGACCAAUACUAUUAACUCUUAAGAUAAAAGUGCACACGUGAAUUCCUCUUCUUUUCUUCAGUCUCUUUAUUUCUCUUCAAUUGGUAUAUCCGUACACCUAUACCAUUCUUAAUCUCGUUAAUCUCGAUUAUUGUAAAUCUCAUUGUCAGUGGACGAUGCGUUCGCGCCAUUACAUUGAUGCUGAUCGUUUUUAAAUAUGUGUCACCACGAAUUAUAAUGAUUCUACAUUCUCCGUUUAUUUUUCAGCACAAUUUAAUAAUAAGAAGUGUACAUAACCGGCAACUUCAGCACCAUGUCCAUUCGAUGUGAUGUAAUGAAAUGUAAACGUAUAACGAGAGAUAUAUUAAUAUAUUACACAAAGAUACGUCACAUGUAUGAUUAGCAUUGUACUAUGCGUAACUUUACAAAAAGAAAAAAAAAUAAAAAUACUCGAUUACUUAAACGCUGUCGAUUUAAUUCGAAUAACAAAUAAAAGGACAUAUAA